AUGGUAGCGGAUAUCUCAUCGUGUCCGCUCGAGAUUCUGCACUUGAUUGCUGCUGCCAUCGACUCCGAGGACCUGGUUAGUCUGCGCCUUGUUAGCAAGCAGUGGUGCGACUUGUCCAGCAAGCUUUUCGGAUUGGCAAAACUUCAACAUCUUCGUCUCAUAUCUUCUCCGUACAGCUUGCAGAGCCUGGUUGAUCUCACAGCACAUCCUGUUUUAGGCCCUUGUGUCCAAUUUUUCGAAGUUGGGACCUAUCGCUUGAAGAAACAUCUUGUGAACACUCAACCACAUGUCGAAGCAAGUCGUGCGAACGUCGCAGCUCUCACACAGUUUCGCUUCCAGCAAAGUGGCUUGCAUAUAGUCCUGCUUACCGAGGCACUCAAGAAUUUGAGCAGACACGGUGUUGUACCCAAAACCGGGUUGUUCGAGGAUGUGAUCCGUGCUACCUCUGGACAGGAACAUCACCGCCGUGGAUAUGGUUAUCACGAACUCUAUGGUUCGAUUGAUAUUGCUAGUUGCGGCGGCUCACGAGCAACACAAACUCUUUUGGAUCUGAUGACGGCGAUAAAAAGAUCAGGAUGCCCUACAAGCGGGAUUUCCAUCGAUCUACAAUGGAAUUCGCUAGCUCAACAAGCAAUCAGCAGACAUCCAGGAUUGGACCAGUUGAUCGAGAAAAUGAUCAUGCCUGACACAGACAAAACCGAACCUGGGUGGAACAUGGCUGUGAAGCUCACCGAUGCAUGCGAUGAGGGCGUAUCAAACAUCGCCGAACUGCACGAUCAGGGCAAGAGUUUGCGCUUGACACAUAUAUCAUUAGAGAUAUAUGAGAUCACUGAUAUGCCUCAAUUUGAUCGGGGCGCUUAUGGCUCGCUUGUCGACAUUUUGCAUUAUCCGUCCCAUCUCCAGCGGGUGUCACUCGACUGUUGUUUCAUUGACACGUCGAUAUUUGAGCUACUAAUGUUUAACAUAGACAACCUGCGCCAUUUGAGUAUGUCCGCCACAACUUUUCAUGAUGACAGUCUUGAAGAUGGCAUCGACUUUCUUAAAACCAUCAAAAUUCACCUGACCUUAGAGUCAAUCACACUGAACAAGCUCUUCUUCGAGAACAAACAUAGCCGCAUUCUAGUCGUCGAUGAGGAAGUCGAGAGCAAAGGCUCGGAGCAAAUCAUCAGUCUGAUGGAUGACCUAAUCGGUACCGUCAAUGCAGCGAACGUAAAGUUAGGACGGAUUGGCAACGAUGAACAGUCAUUUGACAUCCAGAUCUGA